CCGCGCCGAUGUGAAGUCGCCCCCCAGCUCUCGCACACAGCCGCGCAGACACGCACACGCUCCCCGCGGCGAGGGGAGGGCGCCGGGGAUCGCAGCCCAGGUGCCAGCGCCUCCUCGCCCCGCCGGCCACUGCUGGGCGGCCGCGGCGCAGCAGCGCCGGUCCCUGAGGCACCGAGAGACUGCUCUGGGACGGCGGGGUGGGGGAGAGCCGAGGAGCGGAGCUGCCGGAUCCUCGCCCUGCGGAGCCCCCAGGAUUACAAGGCAUUGCGUCCUCCUUCCCAGACGUGAACGAGGGUUAUACCAAAGAACCAACCUCCUUCGCGCCCUGCUGUCCAAAUUAAUCCCUUGGACCCUUGAGAAGACAGGGUUUUUUUCGGAACCAUGGCAUCGACAGAAGGUGCCAACAAUAUGCCUAAGCAAGUGGAAGUCCGGAUGCAUGAAAGUCAUUUAAAUCCAGUGGAGCACAGAUCCAGGAACAUAUGUGUGCAGUUCUGCCAGUCCCUCCACAGGAAUCUGCUCCUGACUCUUACUGUGUUUGGUGUUAUCCUGGGUGCAGUGUGUGGGGGUCUUCUUCGCCUAGCAACACCUAUUGACCCUGACAUCAUCAUGUUAAUAGCCUUCCCAGGAGAUAUACUUAUGCGGAUGCUAAAAAUGCUGAUCCUCCCUUUAAUUAUCUCCAGUUUAAUCACAGGAUUGUCUGGAUUGGAUGCUAAAGCAAGUGGCCGCCUGGGGACAAGAGCCAUGGUCUACUACAUGUCCACCACUAUUAUUGCUGCUGUGCUGGGCGUGAUUCUGGUUUUAGCCAUCCAUCCAGGGAAUCCAAAACUCAAGAAACAGCUUGGUCAAGGGAAGAAGAAUGAUGAAGUAUCUAGUCUGGAUGCCUUCUUGGAUUUGAUCCGAAACUUGUUCCCUGAAAAUCUGGUUCAAGCAUGCUUUCAGCAGAUCCAAACUGUCACCAAGAAAGUGCUGGUGCCACUACCUGUUGAAGAGCCACCUAAUGUCACUGAUUCUGCUAUUGCUAUGGUGAAUGAGACAGCACCACCUGAAGCCCAAAUGGUCAUUAAGAAGGGACUUGAAUUUAAGGAUGGCAUGAACGUCCUGGGUUUGAUAGGAUUCUUUAUUGCUUUUGGCAUUGCUAUGGGGAAAAUGGGAGACCAGGCCAAGAUGAUGGUGGAUUUCUUCAACAUCCUGAAUGAGAUUGUAAUGAAGUUAGUAACCAUGAUCAUGUGGUAUUCACCAUUGGGUAUUGCUUGCCUCAUCUGUGGAAAAAUCAUUGCAAUCAAGGACUUAGAAGUAGUUGCUAGACAACUUGGCAUGUAUAUGGUCACUGUGAUUGUGGGUCUUGUCAUCCAUGGAGGGAUCUUCCUGCCUCUGCUUUACUUUGUGAUAACAAGGAAAAGCCCAUUUUCAUUCCUUGCUGGGAUUUUCCAGGCAUGGAUCACAGCACUAGGCACAGCUUCCAGUGCUGGAACAUUACCUGUCACAUUCCGAUGUCUUGAAGAAAAUCUUGGUAUUGAUAAGCGUGUAACAAGGUUCGUUCUUCCUGUUGGAGCAACUAUUAACAUGGAUGGAACUGCCCUUUAUGAAGCUGUGGCUGCCAUCUUCAUAGCACAGAUGAAUGGAAUUGACCUGGAUGGAGGCCAGAUAGUUACUGUGAGUUUGACUGCCACCCUUGCAAGUGUUGGAGCUGCCAGCAUUCCCAGCGCGGGCCUUGUCACUAUGCUGCUGAUCCUGACUGCAGUGGGUCUCCCUACCCAGGACAUCAGUUUGCUUGUUGCUGUUGACUGGCUUUUGGACCGGAUGAGAACGUCAGUCAAUGUAGUGGGGGAUUCUUUUGGUGCUGGCAUUGUCUACCACCUUUCCAAGGCAGAACUUGACACCAUUGAUUCCCAUCAUAAAGGGCAUGAAGAUAUUGAAAUGACCAAGACUCAGUCAAUCUAUGACGACAUGAAAAAUCAUAGGGAAAACAACUCAAAACAAUGUGUUUUUGCAGCUCACAACUCAGUCAUGGUAGAUGAGUGCAAGACCCACUCUUUCUCCAUUUGGAAAAUUUAAAAAAUAAGAUCUGAAAUGGAAAGAGAAUACAUGCUUACACAAAAUUGAAAAUUGUCAUUAAUUUAUAUUUCUCAAAAAAGGCAAGGAUACAAGAGAUUAAAAUUUGAAGAAAAAAGAUACUCUCUGGAAAGAAAGAUAAAGAGCAUGUGCACACACACACUUUUUGGAUAACUUCUGGAAUUUUUUGAAAACUGUUUUUAAGUUAAAUAUACAAUGCUGGGUUUAAGAUUAUGUUUACAGAACUGAAUACUGAUAGUUUUAUCUGCUCCCAGUUUCUCAGAUUUGCAGAGAAAUCCAAGUCAAGUCAAAAAGUAGUAGCCUGUUAAAUAAAUCAAUACUUGCUGCACUUUUUUUCUCCUUCAGUUUCUCGUAUCAUUUCCCUCAACUGAGGCAAUAGCUUGCCUCAAAACCAUGGAUUAAUGGUGCCGUGUGUCAUCCCAAGCACACCCUUUAAUUCAAAUUUGAGACCAGUGGUUUUUUGACCAAGAAAUGUUUGCUCUUUUUAAUUGUUUUAGAUUUGCUCUGCUUACAGUCUCAGUUUGCACUUUUAAACUCAUGAAAAGAGCCAGGCUUUACUCGAUUGAGCACAAGACUGACUUUGAGCAGGUCACUUCUCUUGUCUGUCUGCAAGCUGCUAAAAGGAUGUGUUGUUGUGACCUAAUUGAUGAGCUAUGAAUAUAUGCUGGCACUUGCAAAGUGUUUGGAUCAUGUUGAAGUGGUCUACAACUCCCAAGUGUUAGACUUGCAAAGGCAACAGAGAGUAGGAUCUGGGGCUUUGAAAAGCCAGCUGUUAAAUUUGAAAAGUCAUCUCUUCAUCCUGUCCAAUGCACUGGUGGGUUGAAAAGCUUACUGCAACUCUGGUCAGGAUAUGGAAAAGCUAAUCUACUAGCAUGCCCUUUCUAUUUACUUUCUGUAAUAUAUUCCAUGUAUAACACCAGUAGUUUAUAAUUUUGCAUGGUCAAUGUACAUAAUUAAUAGGUAGCUUACCUUUGUAUGGGGUUAGAGUGGUUGUUAUUGCAUGAUAUUUUUGUAUUUUUUUAUUAUCAUAUUUCACGUGACUCUGUGUGAUCUUCAUUUCUGAAUAAGCUGUUCAUUCCUGUACUUGCAUGUUUUCUCCUUCCAAUUAUCUAAGAAAAAGCUUGACUUUGUUUCAAAAAUCAGUGCAUUUUGUCAUGUUUCCAUGUCCCAAUGCUUCCAUGCAUCCUGUUUAUCCAGCAUGGGGAAUUUCAGCUCUGUCUUUAAGUUUUCAUUUGAAGCUGAAGAUGUUAACUUACAAGGUAAGUUAGGAAAAAGUAAGCAUCCAUUUAGAAUUAAAUGAAAGAUUCUCUCACUUUAUCAAGAUCUACAUCACUUUUGUAAAUUAAAUUGACAUUUUACCUUUUUGAUUUUUGAUUUUUUAAAGUCAUUUGGCUGGAGAUUCUUUCUUGAAACACAGGUUCAUUUAUACUGGUCUCUGGAAUGGAACAUAUUGUCCAGUGUUCAGUGAGUUGGUAGAUAUCUAUAGGUCUUUUACCAUACCUAAAACCUAAAAAUUCCAGCAUAUAUCUUUACAGGAAAGAGUGAGGUUUGCUGUACAUCAUGUGAGACCAGUUUAGCAUUACUAUGAAUUUUUAAUUGGACUGUAGUCAAAAUCAUUCACUACAUUGUUAUAGUGGUAUGAUGAACAAUACUUUCACAACAUGUCUUUUCUUCCAUUUCUUUAAAGGUGGUGUAAUUGUAGGUGAGUUUGUAUCGAUACACAUCUGUGAUUAUUCUGGCCUUGCACAUUUUUCUUGUUGCAUCAGAUAUGCAGCUUUGCUAAGGAAUUCCACUGAAAAAAAUACUAUUUUCUACAUUAAAAAAAAAAAAAUCUGUUUUUGACAUAAUCCAGAGAAAUCUACACAAGACAGAAAGGGGUAGAAUCUGACAUAUUUAUUAAAAAAAAACCCCAAAACUGCAGCGAAGGUUAAGAAAAUGUGGAACAUUUUUCUACUACUGAUGUUUUCUAGUCAUUAUAAUAAAUAAAUGAACAGGAGUCUCACUAUUUGAGAGUGUUAUGAAUUCUGAAUAAAUACAUUUUACUUAUAA